CACUUGCUACCAAGCCCAGUUAGGCAGCGCAGGGUCUACAGUGCAGGUCUCAACCCCCCCCCCCCCACACACACACACACACACACACUCAGCCCCAUUUCGAGGCCAACUGGACACUUUGAAUUUUGUCAAGCUGUGAUCCAGACCUCGUCCACCAAUCCGACGGCCCCGCUCAAGAUGCGUAAAACCGACCGUUUUGUCAUCAAAAGGGCAACGACGGGCAAAGUGGGGGUAAAACCGAUAAAGUAUCAAGGAUCAAGUAUUUCCUAAAAAAAAAAAAAAGCCAAAAUGGGAAAACAAGAUCUUGCUGCUGAUUCCUUGUAAAGAGGACCUCGAUCGUGCACUGACCCAGACCCGGACUUGGAGGGCACACUGGGGCCUCUCCCCCGUGUGAAUGGCGCAGUAUUUCCCAAAUUUGUCUUCCCUUCUGUCGGUUAAGCGCGUCAAGCAAUCAAAUCAACGAAUCUUUCAGUUUUCAAGCGUGGUCGCUUCCUUUUCCUUCUUUUGCUUUUUCCGUUCCGAUUUUUCAUCCUUGAUUUAUUUGGCUUUUGCGUAUCUUCUGAUCUCUCCUCUUCUCUUCUGCUUUUGUUUUUCAUCUUUUGAGUGGCUCCAUUUAUUCAGCUUUUCUUUUCAUGUGCGUUCUGAUUUUUAUUUUGGGUUUCUUCUGCUCUUAUCUGUUUGCCUUUUCCUCGUCUUUUUCAUGUAUUUUGCUUUUCCAAUCGUUUAUUUUUUUUCCUGUUGUCCUUUUUUUUUCUUUUCUUCACUCUUCCGUGUUUUCAUUUUUCCUCCCCCUUUCUUUUCCGCACGAGUUGAUUUCUACUUUUCUUUGUUUUUGACCCUUUGUGUGUGUUUUGGCCAGUAUGCAAAUGAGCCGGUGACGUCGGGCGGCCCGAGCGUCACGUGAUGUGGUCACGUGGCCCCGACGCGGCGCUCGCGAGCGUCCUUGGGUGUAGAGGUGACGUCAGCGCCGCUGUUUGCUCGUCACCUUGGCGACGAGCUGAGGCGGCCGCCUGAGUCGCCCGCCCGCCCGCCCGCCCGCGACCCGCAGCCCGGGAGGGUACCAGGGAACGCGGACCUGGACCAGUUUCAUUCAGUUCAAGGUCAGCAAACGAGCAGACGACGGCUCCGAAGAGCGUCGCGGGAUCCGCCAUGCUUCCGGCGCGCCGUGCCGCGCUCUUGCGGCAGAAGCGGGACGAGGCGCUGGAGCGAGCCGCGGACUGCGCCGCCGAGCGGCGAGCGGUGGGCGUCGUCAACUCGUGGCUUCGCGCCACCGGCGAUCGCCACGCGUGUCGCACCGUGAGGCGGGACACGGACGACGUCCUGAUGCAGCAAGGCUUCUCUGUCCAGGAGCGACGUGAAAGGCUCCGGGACCUUCUGGACGACGAGGAGCGGCAGCUGGUCUCGGCGGCUCGCCGCGAGCGCGAGACGGCCGCGCAAAUGCAGGCGCAGAUGCGCCAGCGGGCCAAAAGUCUGCAGGACGCCAGGGAGACGCAGCGGCGCCAAAUGGUGGCGCAAAAGUUGGACCAGCAGUUCAGGGAGCAGUGCCAGGAGCUCCGGGAAGCGCAGAGCAAGCGGCGACUUUUGCAGGUUUGCGAGGAGCGAGGCGCGCAGCUGCGGAGCCAGCAGGAGGGCGCCCGCCGUCAACGGCGCGAGGACGACGCCUUCCACCGGCUGUGGCAAGCCGACGCCCGCGCCAAGGAGGACCGCGAGAGGCGCGAGGCGGCUGACGCCCGGCGCUGCGGCCAGAUGCAAAUGGACUUUCUGUGCCGGCAGAUGGCCGACGCCGAAAGCCAGCGGCAGCGCGAGCGGCGGAGGCGGCAGGAGGAAGCGCGCCGGCAGGAGCAGGAAAUGCAGGAUCUGCAGCAGCAGGCGCAGCGCCAGCGUCGCUUGGAGCAGGAAGCCCAGGUCGCUCGGCGCCGCUCGCUGGACGACAGUUUGCGUCUGAAGAUGGAGCGCGUGGCGAAGGAGCAGCAGGACGAGCUCCAGAUGGACCUCAGGAUCCUGCAGCAGAUGCUCCAGGACGAGAGUCAAGCCCAGCAGGAGACCGCAGACAAGAGGGCCGACCGGAGGGACGAGCAGCUGCGCUUUCGUCAGUAUUUGGCCGAGCAGAUGAUGAAGCGCAAGAAGGACGAGGAGCGGAUGGAGCAAAUGAUGGCGGAAAAGAUGAAGGAGACGUGGGACAGACGCGAACGCCAGAACCUCCUGCAGCAGGACGCCAGGAAGCGACUGAUGAACGAGGUCACGGAGUCGCGACGACUGCAGACUGCGCAGAAACAGCAACGUGACUUUCAGAGGCGGGCCGACGUCGCCAGAGAGCGGGCGGAGCAGGACGCCGCCGUGCGGGACAUGAAACGGGCCGACCGGGAGCUGUCAAAGAGGCAGCGUCAGGCGUACUUGGCGUAUCAGGCGGAGCUGCGAGCGCAGAUGGAGCAGCGUCAGCGUCUCAGGCGGGAACAGGAGGAACAGGAGCUCGGCAUGCAGCGGCAGCUGGAGCGCCUGCAGCAGGAAAAACUGCAGAAGAAAGACCAAGUCCUGGCCCGGCCCAACGACGGCGUCUCGCACCCGUUCAGGAGCGCGCGGGAGCCUUCCUCGUUUCCCACGCAAAAUGGACAAGAAACCGGAUGCAAGCGAGCGACGUUGACGUUCUGAGAGCGACGCUCAAAUACGUCUUCCGUCACAUGCAGUGGUCUACCGUGGCCCAAAAUGUUUAUAUACAGUAUAUAUAAUUUGAUCAAUAGUUGUGGGGGGGGGGGGGGAAAACAACAAAGGAAUAAGACAAAUUGAAUUUUAGCAACUUUUUAAGGCAGUCUUGUUUUUCAGUGUCUCCAAAAGCCGUUUUCAAAAAGUUGAACUUUGGCGACCCCUGCUGGCACACCCAAACACACUUUUCGUAACCCCAACCAACAGCUUCCAAAAAUUUCCCGUUAUGAAACAAAAAAAAAAAAAAAGUUCCAUUUCUUAGGAAAGGGAGGAAUCUGCUCCCAGGCUCUUCAAAGAGGGCAAAUUGACUUGCGCCAAGCUAACACUGACCGCCAAACGCCAGCACAUCCCCUCCCAAAGUAAAAGCUCGGCACAUAUUCUUCCGACUCGGUGACGAAACGAGUUCUCAUCGAUCCGGUCCCGAUUGUGGACUUUGUCGGUACGAGGCGACUCCGGUAACUCCCCAUCGCUUCCCGUGGCUGAUUUUUCUUCUCUCACACAAGUCAGUGACGGUUCCUGAAAUUGGGUCAGACCGACAUCGGCAUCAUCGGUACAAGUUGUCUCGGGGUCUGUUACUUUUUCGAGGAUUUUGUCGGGGCAGGGACGGAUGGCGGUGGACUCCUCCGUAUUUGCUGAUGGUUUUCCCUUUUUGGGGGAGUGAUGAACUCCCAUUUUUUUUUUUGUGGAAAUGUUUGGGUGAAAACCUUUUGAGGAUGCAAUCCAAUUUGUGUUGUGGCGCUUAUUCUACAUUUUUUGGUUAAAAAAAAAAAAAAAUGGUUGAUGAGACCAGCCCCCACUUUUUUUUUUUUAUGGAAUUUGGCCAAAUUCCUUGUCCGUUGUCACGUACCUGGCUAUUAAAUCCGAUUCUGAUUCCCCA